AAAAGGAAGCUGAAUAUUCUGACUCGUCCUAGUGGAAUUUAUGUGGAGAACUCCAAAUUAGAUGGGCCUCUGUUACAGAUCUUAUUUAUGAACAAUGUCAUUUCUAGGCAGUAUCAUCAAGAAAUUGAAGAUUUUAUUUUUGGCUUAGUUCAGAAAUAUGAAGAGCAGAGGAAAAGUGAACAAGAGAAAACACAGCUCACUGUUAAGCCACAGCCCUCCAGUAUUCUUUUGGAAGAGGAUGGUAAAGCAGCAAGCUCGAGUUCUAAAAAAGUGAAAGAAGCUUUUAGUGUUGUAGGAAGUGUUCUGUAUUUUACCAAUUUUUGUCUUGAUAAACUGGGACAGCCUAUAUUAAAUGAGAAUCCACAGCUGACAGAAGGAUGGGAAAUACCUAAAUACCAGCAAGUUUUCAGCCACAUUCUCUCCCUAGAUGGACAAGAAAUACAAGUAAAACCAAAAAGGCCAAAACCUACUUGUUUCAAUUGUGGUUCUGAAGACCAUCAAAUGAAAGACUGCCCAAAGCCACGAAAUGCAGCUCGUAUAAGUGAGAAGAGAAAGGAGUUUAUGGAAGCUUGUGGUGAAUCGAGCAAUCAGAUUUUUCAGCAGCGUUAUCAUGCAGAAGAAGUAGAAGAGAGGUUUGGAAAAUUUAAACCAGGAGUAAUUAGUGGGGAACUUCAAGAUGCACUUGGGGUCACAGAUAAGAGUCUGCCUCCAUUUAUCUAUCGCAUGCGGCAGCUGGGUUACCCUCCAGGCUGGCUCAAGGAGGCUGAAAUGGAGCACUCGGGGCUUGCGCUUUAUGAUGGAAAAGGUGGUAGUGAAGCAGAUGAAGAAUCUCGCCAACCAAAACGCACCACUUAUGAUGUCUCAAAGUUGAUAAACUAUCCAGGCUUUAACAUAUCCACUCCAAGUGGGAUCCCAGAUGAAUGGCAGUUGUUUGGUUCCAUCCCCAUGCAGCCAUCUCAGCAGAAGGAGGUUUUUGCUCAGUACCUUUCCAGUUUCCAUGCGCCAAGUCCAAAAUCAAACAAUAAAAGGCCUGCGUCUGAGUCACGGUCUCAUCACUCAAAACAACCAAAAGACGACAAUUUGGAGGCACCCGUAACUGACAUGGAAAUAGAUUCUGAUCUGGAAAUGUCACAAAGAUCUCAAACCCCGAGCAGUUCUCAGUUCCAACCUCCACUGCCACCAGGGCAUCCAUCGAUGUCAACUCCUCCUCCUUUACCUCAGGGAACACCUCCACAAAAUCUUACACCACCUCAACCUUCAACCCCCACGUGCCAUCCUCUUUCUAGGACUGCUUCACCAUCAAAUCCUUCCAGUGAGACUCCUGAGCCAAAAAUAGUGGACGCGGUCAUGGAUGAGGAUACUCUGACCUUGGAAGAGCUAGAGGAACAGCAGCGUUUAAUCUGGGCAGCACUUGAGCAGGCAGAGAGCACUAACAGUGACUCUGAUAUUCAAGUUGAUACACCUUUAGCUGGAAAUUCUGUUACAUCAUCACCAUCUAGGAACGAAGGAGAUCUUGUUGCAGAAGUAAGGUCACCUGAGAAGGUGGUUUCAGUGGAAACAAGGCUUUCUGAUACCAGUGAACAGCUACCAGAAAGUGAACAUUCUAUGACUAGUCCCAAUCCAGGAGAUAGUUCACUCACCUCCAAAGAGGAUCCUGCUAAUACAGAUUCUGAAGGCUUGCUGGAUAACGCCAGGCCUGCUCCCAACUCUGAGGUUAAAGAGGGAGAAAAUACAAGUGAUAAUAAAGCAGUCAAAAGCACUGCAAAAAACUGCAGUCUUGUUCCUGAUAUGAGCAAGUUUGCUGCAGGCAUAACACCAUUUGAAUUUGAAAACUUGGCAGAAUCCACAGGUGUUUAUCUACGAAUAAGAAGCGUGUUAAAAAAUUCCCCAAGAAACCAGCAAAGGAGAAAGACUUCAUCUUAA